AACAAGCGCAUUUCUCUAAGAAGCAAGAUGGUCACAAUAGCUGCAGACACAAUGGAAGGGUUUGGAGAAAUAAGAGGCAGAAGAAAUGUUAUUUUCCCAACAGUUCAAGAAAAAUCACAGAGAAUACCUGUCUGUCCUGUCAGCAUUAAGGGUGAAAUUUCACCCUUUUUCCACAAUCUCAAACUUGAUAAACUCAAGGCCAAGAGAGUACCACCAAGUAUGACACCAAAUCUGAUUGCAGGAAUGCUUCCGGUAAUCAUAAACCAAAUAAAGCCCCCAACAGAAAGAAGAAUACCUGAUGAAACACAAUAUUUU